CACACUGUCGGGAGCCAGUCAUCAUAAAUACGAACAGAUUGGAAAACUUACAAGAAUUGCGUAUUAUCUGUGGUAUUACGAGAUCGAAACUUUCCAAUAGCCAACUUGCCGUAACCAACUAAGCUGCAAACAUGUCCUACGCGUACUUGUUCAAAUACAUUAUCAUUGGCGACACAGGCGUGGGCAAGUCCUGCCUGCUGCUGCAGUUCACCGACAAGCGCUUCCAACCUGUGCACGACCUGACCAUUGGAGUGGAGUUCGGAGCACGCAUGAUCACCAUCGACGGCAAGCAGAUCAAAUUGCAGAUCUGGGACACGGCUGGCCAGGAGGCAUUCAGAUCCAUUACACGCUCCUACUACCGCGGUGCUGCCGGCGCUCUGCUGGUGUACGACAUCACGCGGCGGGAGACCUUUAACCACCUGACUACCUGGCUGGAGGAUGCGCGCCAGCACUCCAACUCUAACAUGGUGAUAAUGCUGAUCGGUAACAAGAGCGACUUAGACUCGCGACGCGAGGUGAAGAAGGAGGAGGGCGAGGCCUUCGCCCGCGAGCACGGUCUGGUUUUCAUGGAGACAUCAGCGCGCACGGCGGCCAACGUAGAAGAGGCUUUCAUAAACACGGCCAAGGAGAUAUAUGAAAAGAUCCAAGAGGGCGUCUUCGACAUAAACAAUGAGGCCAACGGCAUCAAGAUCGGCCAGCAGCACUCGCCCACAAACCCGUCGCUGCCAGGAGCCGGAGGAGCAGCUGGAGCAGCAAACAGUGGCUGCUGCUAGGAGUAAACUGCAGAUGCCCGACUGCAAUUCUGGGAGAGACGUAGCCGCUUCUGUAAAAGCUACUUUAGUGACUAACUAGUAGAAGGUAGUUUGAGGGACAUAUUUCUUGUUUUCAAUCUCAACCGUAACUAACCACGUAAUCAUAGCUACCACUAAACUAGCAAUCAAACACUAAGCGUAAUGUUAAACCAUAAAGAUCAGACAACUACAAGAGAACAAAACUCCUUGUUCAGCUACGUUUUAAUUUACCAAAAGAAACCAAACGGAAGAAAUCAGAAAUAAACCAAAACAUACCUUUGUAUAUGUGAAUGUGUCGUCGUGCGUGAUUUCUAAAUUUUAUAAAAUUUAUUGAAACAUUUGUAAAUGUUUUAUGCAUGUAUUUUGUUUAUAUUGAAGUUAGUUUGCUAGUUAUUUCGUGUGAAGACCGAUAGUUAUACAUUGGGAUCUUGACAAAAUGAUGUGUAAUAUAUAAACUAAACUCAAA